CCGCACUCUUCGCUUUCUAUUUUUGGUCAUCUCCUCCUGCUCCACAAUGCCCCCCGGACUUUACCCCAGUUGGUAUUCAACUGGCCCAUUUCCAUUUCAAUCUCUGAUCAGUGGUUAAAUACUUCAAUCUCCAAGAAAACUUCCUCUCCUCUGUUAGUUUGGAAAAAGUAGUUGACCCUACCCGCCGAGGAGAGGAAGAGCCCUUAUGUGUAAAUACCAAUUAGUUUUGUAGAUAGCGGUAAAGUUUCAAUCUUGGAAUGUUGCCCUCAUGGGUUCGAGCUCUUUCAUCCAGAAAGAGUCGGUGUGGCAUUGGAAUCAUCUCAGCAAGUAACACUUUACAGAACAAUAUUGGCAACCAACUGACUGAGUUCUUCGAAAACAAAGAAAGAAACCACUUUCAAGCCAAUUCAAGCUCCUCCAGUCAAGUCUCACAACAACAGGGAUCAUUAUUGCUGCCUUGUCGUGCAAAAAGCGGUGGAGGAAUAGGAUGGCGGGCGACAAAAUACUGCAAUUUUGUAUCAUUGUCUCAACCCUCGGUACAUCUAGAUGUGCGAAAAUUCUGUACUGCUCUGGUACAAAAAAUGCCAGAGGAAGAUAUUUCUGGAUUGGCUGAUGAUACUAACAGUGAUGUGGAGAAGUUUGAUGUGGAUGCUGAUGUUAUUAGUGGUCCCAAAGAGCCAAAGUUUGAGCCUAAGGCAGGGGUGCCCAUUGAUUUUACUAAGAUUGAGAUUAAUAAACUUCCUACUGUUAUCAUCAUGGGACGUCCUAAUGUUGGGAAGUCUGCACUGUUUAAUCGUUUGAUACGAAGGAGGGAAGCUCUUGUAUAUAAUACUCCAACUGACCAUGUUACGCGGGACAUUCGAGAAGGGGUUGCAAAAUUAGGUGAUUUGCGGUUUAGAGUUUUGGAUUCAGCUGGUCUAGAGGCUGAGGCUUCCUCGGGUUCUGUCCUUUCCAGAACUGCAGGAAUGACUAGAAAUGUGCUGGGACGGUCUCAACUUGUGCUCUUCUUAAUAGAUGGGAGAGAAGGAUUACAGGACAUGGAUUUGGAUGUCGGAAGGUGGUUGAGGAAGAAUGCACCUGGAAUCAAGACUCUUGUGGUAAUAAACAAAGCUGAAAAGCUUGAUGCAUUCUCUGGUUCUCUUGCUGCUUCUGUUGGUGAAGCUUAUUCAUUAGGAUUUGGGGAUCCUGUUGCAUUGUCUGCCGAAACUGGAUUUGGUAUGUCAGAGCUUCAUGAAGCUCUUAAGCCAUUGCUUGAGGACUAUAUGUUACAAGUCUUAACUGAUGAUAAUAUUGAGGAGAACAGCUCCAAAGAAGAUGAACAGUUGAACGAUGAGGAUGCUAAGUCGCCACUGCAAUUGGCAAUUGUAGGGCGACCGAAUGUUGGAAAGUCAACAUUGCUCAAUGCAAUAUUGCAAGAAGAUCGUGUUUUGGUGGGGCCAGAGGCUGGUUUAACUAGGGACUCUAUUCGCGUCAAAUUUGAGUAUGAAGGAAGAACGGUCUACCUAGUUGACACAGCAGGUUGGCUGGAAAGGACAAACCAGGAGAAAGGACCAGCAAAGUUGAGCAUUGUGCAAUCCAGGAAAAACCUCAUGAGAGCCCAUGUUGUAGCUUUGGUUCUUGAUGCAGAAGAGAUUGGAAAAGCUAGACGGAGCUUGAAGCAUGCUGAAGUAGUUAUAGCAAGGCAAGCAGUGGAAGAAGGGAGAGGUUUGGUUGUUAUAGUAAACAAGAUGGAUCUUUUAAGAGGUAGAGAAAAUAAGAAGACAUAUGAGAGUGUAAUCAAUGCUGUGCCUGAAGAAAUUCAGACAGUCAUACCCCAGGUGACAGGGAUCCCUGUAGUAUUCGUUUCAGCACUGGAGGGUAAGGGCAGAAUUGCUGCGAUGCGCCAGAUAGUUGAUACAUAUGAAAAGUGGCGUUCAAGGUUAUCAACAGCUCGUCUUAACCGUUGGUUGCGUAAGGUUGUGAGCCGACAUUCAUGGAAGGAUCAGGCUGCUCAACCCAAGAUAAAGUAUUUCACUCAGGUAAAGGGUAGACCUCCAACCUUCGUUGCAUUUGUGAGCGGCAAGAAUCGGCUCUCAGAUACGGACAUAAGGUUCCUGACAAAGUCAUUGAAAGAAGAUUUUGAUCUGGGUGGGAUUCCUGUACGAAUACUGCAGCGGUGUCGUUUAAGAAAUGCAGGAAGUAAGAAAGUCACUAGCAAGAACCAACAAACAUCUGGAAGAACAAGGAUGGCCUCGGACAAAAGGAAUCUCCUUGAGAAAGAAGAGGACAUCAUCUCAGCGGAGCACGUUGCUAACGAUGCAUGACUGACCUUUCACGAGUUUGUAUGCACAAAAAUUGAGGGGAAGGUGUUGGGAUGGAAGGAAUCCCUGCUGCAAUAAUUUCUUCAUGGCUUAUUUUUUUUUUUGAGUUGGCUGGAGUGUCUGUCAAAUUUAGAAAUUGGCGCUGGCUGCUUUCUCCCUUGUCCUGUGCUGUUUCUUUGGAUAAAUGUAGCAGUACGUAUAUAAAUUCUGAAUGUACAAAAACCCCUUGAAUGUAGUGAAGAAAGAGAUAGAUUGAUCCAUUUAAAAUCCAAUAUGGGAAAUUUUUUUUC